AUGCCGCCUGCUCACCAAGACAACAUGAUAGCACUGUCAGCCCGACAGUUGACAGACAACCAACUUGACCACGUCGAGUCCGAUAAUGCAGCAGCCCCCAAACACAAAUCCACGGUCGGGCCGAGUUUCACACCAUUGAUGGACGCUCAACCACAUCCAUACCUCAUCCGUCUCCCACCGCCAAAACACCAACUCGACAACCACGGCGGCACCAGCGCCCUGCCCCAAGAAGGAGACGUUGUCAUUGUCGGUGCCGGAUUCGCAGGCUUGGUAUGCGUAUGCUACAUCUGCCAGCAAUCGCCGUUGCCGCGCACCACCAUCCUCGAGGCGAGAGACGCUUGUUCAGGCGCAACCGCUCGCAACGGCACGUCCUACAUUCACAACCACCCAUCUAUCCCAUCAAUUGUCCCGACGAUAUCCCAGGCGGGGUCACCUACGCCCAGACUCUCUGGCCACACUCCAAAAGUUCACGCCCGUGUUCCGCCAUUGCCCAGUUUGAGCUGGACAACUGCCAGACCGUGA